AUGGCUUGGGCAGCAGCAAUUGCUCCACUGGCCGGUGCAGUGGCUGUGGAGAGACGAGGCCGGGGAGCCGAUCACACAGAGAGGGAUGCUUCCCUCACACUCUUUGACUCUGCCCGUGCCAAGCUCUCCGUGCAGACGAUUCCUGGCUUACAGUCUCAACUUGUUUGCCCUGGCGACGUUGUGUCAGCAGAGCCUGGUGCUUUGCGUGGCCGCGGGGUAGUGGAACGCCAUGACGGCAAGCUGGUUGCAACAACCUGUGGCGUUGUGGAGCAUGUGAACAAGCUCCUGUACGUUCGGCCAUUGAAACAUCGCUACGCCGGCAGCGUGGGUGAUGUGGUUGUUGGCCGUAUCGUCGAAGUGCAAACUGAUCGAUGGGCAGUUGAAAUCGGCACCGCCCAAUUGGCAUACCUUCACUUAGGGGCCAUUCAACUACCUGGAAAUGUGCAGCGACGCCGCACCGACGAGGAUACCCUGCGCAUGCGGGAGUUCUUUGAUGAAAAUGACCUUAUAUCUGCAGAAGUGCAGAAAAUUCACGAAUCGGGUGAACUGGCCUUGCAGACCCGCAAUGCCAGAUAUGGGAAACUCCAAAAUGGAGUGCUUGCCUCCGUGCCAUCUGUCUACGUGAGGCGUCAAGCACAGCACUUGGUGACGCUGCCGCGCGUCGGGGUUAUGGUGGUUCUGGGCAACAACGGCUGGGUUUGGGUUUGUGCUCCGCCCAAAGUGGCUGGCUCUGGCAGGCAAGAGACUAUAAACUUUUCGCAGAUGGAUGUCCGCUAUCAGAAGGUCAAUCCGGACAUGAGAGAAAGGAUAUCACGCGUCCGCAAUGCAGUCCUGUGUUUGGCGGGCCAUGGCCUGGAAGUGACACCCGAAAGCAUAACAUUCCUGUACGAGCAGUCUGAAAGGCUGGAGCUUGCUGCGUGGGAGCUGCUGGAUGCUGCGCGCUGUGACUCCGCGGGCCUUGUCGAGUCCCUUGCGACAGAGGCUACACGCAGCAGCGGCAGGAACUGA